GGUUAAACGGCAACUACCAAGUUGCAUAUACUGUACUAUAUCACAUUGACUGUGACACAUGGACUUAACUAUUCUUGGAUAAAUAUUUAGGGUAUAUUGCUAGUUAUCGUUAGCUCUUUCUCUAAAGACCACUCACUGCCCUUUGUUGAGACUUGUGCGUCAGCUGGACCCGCUAACAGUUAGCUAGGUACUAGCCAAUUUACUAGCUUGCUAGAUGGACGGAGAUAGUUCAACAACCGAUACCUCUCAGUUGGGUAUAUCGGGAGAGUACAUGGCUGGUAGCUACGUGCUUCAAUCCCAGGAUGAUGAUGGUGACGACGGACUGAAUGAUCACGAGGACGGAAAUGGCAGUAAAGAUCACCUACGUGAACAAGACAUCUACCUCCCUAUCGCGAAUGUGGCACGCAUCAUGAAAAAUGCAGUUCCACAGACUGGAAAAAUUGCAAAAGAUGCCAAGGAGUGUGUCCAGGAGUGUGUGAGCGAGUUCAUCAGCUUCAUCACGUCCGAGGCCAGCGAGCGCUGCCACCAAGAGAAGCGCAAGACCAUCAACGGCGAGGACAUCCUGUUCGCCAUGUCCACUCUGGGCUUCGACAUGUAUGUGGAGCCCCUCAAACUCUACCUGCAGAAGUUCCGAGAGGCCAUGAAGGGAGAAAAGGGCAUCGCAGGAGUGUCUGUCCCCGAAGGCCUGGGUGAUGAUCUUACAGAGGAGAGCUUUGCCAAUCAGUUGCCAGCGGGAAUUAUUACAGCAGAUGGCCAGCAGCAGAACGUCAUGGUCUACACCACCUCCUAUCAGCAGAUCCAAGGUGUGCAGCAGAUCCAGUUCUCAUGACCCUCUCCCGACCCCUCUGGAGCACUUGAGUCACAGGGGGCAGUCGGAGCACUGACUGUCCACAAUCCCUCAGAGACGGAGGACUGCUGACAUGAACUGAUGAAGAUGAAGAUGACAACGAUGAAGACGAUGACGAUGAUCGAACUGCGUGGGCCCAGGAAGAAUAGGACAAGAUGCUGCAAGCAGGGCCUUCCUUGUGUUAAUUCAUUAGAGUGUGCUGUCAGUAGUGUGUAACAUGUUCAGUAGUAAAUGUGAAGAACUGUGAGGCUAGCUCACACAUUAAAAAUGUCUAACAUCACAUAGGUGAUUUCAAAACUUUUUGGGUCUAUUGUCCAUGUUGUACAUAUAAACCUUUUUUGGGAGGGAGGGUAUUUGGACAUCAAAGUGAAAGAAAAAUGAUUUAGGCAUGGCAUUUUAGAAAUUAAAUUGUUUUUUUGUUUUUUUUCUCUCAGACUAUUUAAAUGUCUUAUCAAAGGACGAGAUUCCCAUUUCUAAUUUAGAACAUGGUGGGGUCUCCUUUUUAUGUUGAAUCAUGCUCUCUUUUCUUUUUCUUUUUGUAAGUUGAGUAAAUUAAAUACAAGGUAAACUGUUUGAAUAAAAAUAAAAAUGAAACCAUGAUCACAAA